AUGAUACAAACAUACAGAUUCUGCCCGCCAAAGCCCCCCAGGCCUACAACAUGGCAACGUGGAUGUCUGACGAGGGCCUUGGUGCCAGAGAGUCUAUCUCAGAAGCUCAUAAGGCAUGAGCACAAUCUGGUCACUGACCUUUAUGAUCCAGGAAAUCAACGAGACCCCACUAGGAUUAAUGAGAUUCAGACGCGUCUUCAGCAACUUCAGAAGACUGACAAUGCAUGGGCAAUUGCGGAUUCGCUCCUUCAAAACCACUACUCCGUCCAGCAUCGGUUUAUGGGAGCACUCACCUUCACAGUGAAAAUCAAUGUCUCAUGGAGCGAAAUUAACGAAAAUACGGCCUCGGAGAUCAUGCAGCAUCUGAUAAAUCGUUUCGUCGCCUUGGUUACUAAUGGUGAACAAGCAAUGGUACUGCGAAAGCUUGCUUCAAGCUUGGUCGCCAUAUUUAGGCACCCCGUUACACCCUGGAAGCAAGCUAUACAACAGCUGGCUGCAAGCCUCAUUCAUGGUGGAUACAUAUCCGAAGAACAAUCACAGGUGGUGGAUUUCCAGGAAAAGAUACUGCCAGCGUUAAACAAAAAUGCAUCAGGCGCUCUCCUAUUUUUUUCAAUUGCUCUUGCCGAGGAGGCUCUCCGGCUAGACUCCGAACCUCAGGAUGGAGUCGGAGAUUCAUCCGCUAUCCAGCGAGCCAUAUUGAACAUCAAAGAUGGGUUGCUUCUGGGCCGAUUCGUUCUUAUGGAAAUAAUGGAGCAUGCCGGAGCAGCUGAGGUUGAUUCGGUUGCCGUAGCCUUGGCUGUUGAAGCUAUGAAUUCAUGGAAAACAUGGCUCGGUGUCCAUGGAAAUCGCCAACGCUCGUCUGCCGAAGAUAUUACUAUACUGGCCGUGGAAUGCGGCCAAACUAUCUUAAAAGCAUUGAGUAUAGACAGCUUGACUGAAAGUGCAGCUUCUAUUCUGACCCAGGCCUUCGAAACUCGCCGCUGGGCUUUCAACAGCAUUUCCUUGGAGAUGCUUGCUUCAUAUCUUACUAACUCAAUUGUGAAAUCCCACAUUAUUGCAGUGAGCCAGGGUACCGAAGGAACUGAGAGUAUGUCGUUUGUUGACCUCCUGAUUGCAUAUGUCUCACAUUUGCACUUGGAUGUUUUCAGCGGCCCCGAGGUCCCAUACAAUGCAGAUCUUCUCAUCCUUAUUCAUGCUAUUCUCAAAACUCCUGGUUAUGCUGCAAUUGACGAUCUCGGAACUCCGCGUGUGUUGGAGUUCUGGAACGAGAUCGCAGAGAGCGUCCCUGAUCAACUCGAAAAGGGUAGCCCCCGGCAUGAUUUGGUAAAGUUGCAUCUCGCUGAAGUUGUGCUAUCUCUUUCCAACAAGUUGCUAUACCCAACAUCCGAAGAUUUGGAAGAUUGGACUGAUGAAGAGCGGAGUGAAUUCAAUGCCUUCCGUCAUGAGGCAUGUGAUUACCUACUUUCAGCAUAUCCAGUCCUCGGUGUUGACCUGGUGAUUGUCUUUCAAAGAAGCGCCACAUCCAGCCUACAAGACCUGGAUUGGCGCAAUUUUGAGACUGCUAUGUUUUGUAUCGCUCAGCUUUCAGAAGCUGUGGAUGAAAAUGGCCAUGCCGAUCAAUGUCUCGAUGCUAUCUUUAGCAGCGAUGCCUUCUCCCGUCUUUGCGCCGGUGGUGAGACUGGAAUUCCGCUCAAGGCUCGUCAGACCCUCGUGGAUUCCUUCGGAAAGUACGAAUCCUACUUUGAGCGUCACAGUUCAUUACUUCCUGGUGUCUUGAACAUCUUGUUCGAAUCUCUCAACUUCGAGUUAUGUGCACAAGCGGCAUCAAGGUCCAUUUUGACUCUUUCAAAGUCGUGCGCUCGCGUUUUGACGUCAGACCUCCCAGCUUUCUUAGACCAACUAGAUCAGUUCAGAAGCAAGCCGACAGCAACUGUUUCUACAAUGCCCAAGGUUCUAGAAGGAAUCGCGACAAUAAUUCAAAGUUUGCCCAGCGACCAAGAAAAAGUACAAACCCUCGAGAGGAUUCUGGGAUUCUUUGUUCAGGAGGCCAACACCGCACGGGAGGAAGUUGCCAGUCAUGGGCAUGAACCUGGUCGCCUCCGUGGGCACCUUGUGCUGAGCUGCAUUGCCAGUAUUGGAAAAGGCCUUCGGUCGGAGAGCGACAUCAUCGAUAUCGAUACUUUGAAGGAUGGAGACCCGUACCCUCCAUCCUUCUGGAACUCCGGACCAGGCGCCGAAGCCCAACGCCUGAUCAUGGAGGCUAUGAGACUUCUGGUUGUCGACUUCCCUGUGGACAACAGUAUCAUUGAAGCAGCCUGUGAUAUUUUGAGAGCUGGCUACACUGAGCGUGCAGGGCUUUUUGUCUUCCCGCCUUCCAUGACAGUCGAUUUCAUCAAGAGCUUCCCACUCGGUAUCUCUGGCACAGAUGUCAUCAUGGCCACUGCCUCAUCCUUCUUGGCAUCGCACUCUCGGCAUGCGAUGAACAUUCGCAAUGAGGCCGAGGCACUCAUCGAUCAUGUUGCCCAGCUCUUCUCUUCGAUGCUCCAGAACCCGGAAACCUAUGAUCCGGAAACCGCCAAUGCCGGUAUUGACUUCCUCGCACGUCUUUUGCCAAAGUAUUAUCCGAUUCUGUUCACACCAAUGAAGUCAGAUCUGAGCGCGGAGUCUCCCCUCGCCGUCCUACUCCAUUUCGCAAUGCACGCAUUAACACGACCCGAGCCACUCCCUCUUCGAUCUGCUUCUACGUUCUGGGUUGCAUUAAUCGAUCUCCGUGGAAGCUCUCCGGAGGAAAUGCACAUUAUCGAAUCCGUUCAUCAAGAGUUUGUUCCUCGCUUGUGUUACACAAUAGUCCAGCAGAUUGCCGGCCGGUGUGCCAGAUCAGACUUGAUCUCUCUGAACGAUACUCUGCGCCGAACCAUUUUCAAAAAGAUGGCAUUGGCGCGCCCGGCUCUGAGCGCUGCACUCAAUUCUUUGAAUGCCCAGGUCACAGAUACAAACGGACAGCAAGUACCGCUUCUGUCAGCGCAAGACAAAUCACGGUUCCUGGAGUCUCUUGCUAUUGCUCGAGGUGCUCAGAAGCAGUCUCUGGACCUUGUGCGUUCCUUCUGGCUGAAAUGCCGUGGGAUGAAUUUUGACUAUGCCCAAUAA